AUGUCGGUCAUUCAAUUCCCGAUCUCAUAUCCCGCCCUCAUCGAGGGGACGCCCUACGAAAACGCCCCUCCUCUACCCACAACAAUACGAUCAGACGGCAAAUCACUCGAGAACCCGCCAUCAGAGUCGAUUUCUACCACCUACAAUGAGUUCCCAGAUCCAUUAGAUAAGAGACCCGGAAAGGCUGCCUUUGACGUUCAUGUAUACUAUCAUGAGCCAAACAAGAAACAAAAGGAGUUUGCCAGAAGUCUCUGGGAAAGAAUCCGAUAUGAGUUUCCCGAGUUAAGAGUUUAUAGAUUCUGGGAGCGGCCCAUUGGACCCCAUUUAACCGCCAUGUUCGAAGUAAACCUUUUCACUCCUGCGCAGUUCGGUGCAUUUAUCCCCUGGCUUAUGCUCCACCGAGGACCUCUAAGCGUCUUGGUUCAUCCAAAUACCGGCCACGAGCUGCACGACCAUACUGUCGGGGCCGUCUGGCUAGGCGAGAAGUUACCGCUCGAUGUCAGCAUUCUGGUUAGCUAA